AUGGCAGAUAGCAUCACCCGAGUCACCCAUCAAUCCUUUGGCAGUCGCAUGGGCGGAUCUUGCAAAGGCUUGAUCAUGGCUCCCAUUAUGAUAUUGCUAUCCAUAUGGCUGCUUGUAUGGAAUGAAGGUAACUCUAUUACCCAACACAAGGCCUUGGAAGAAGGCUUGAAAAUGGUCAUUAACGUGGGAACGGACACAAUCGAUGCUUUGAACGAAAACAAACUUGUUCACUUCAUUGGCAAGGCCACCAGUACUAACACUAUUUCAGAUGAAGUCUUCGGCGUGGCUCCACCCGAUGGUGCCUUGAAGUUGAAACGCAAGGUGGAAAUGUACCAAUGGACCCAAUCGGAACACAGCCAGACCAAAAAGAAUACUGGAGGAUCCACAACGACCACCACUACAUACACUUACAAUAAGGAGUGGUCUGAUCAUCUCAUUAGUUCCACAGGAUUCGAAGAAGCCAAUGGCCACCAGAAUCCAUCCGAAAUGGUCUUUGAAUCCGCCACCAUGGUGGCCGAUCCCAUCAUUGUUGGUGCCUUUACCAUGUCCAGUGUCGUCACGAGCAAGAUGGAAUGGUACCAACCAUUAACAUCGUCCUUGUCGACAGAGACUAUUGCUGAUGACUAUGCCAAACAAGAUGCCAAGGUAUACAACUCUUAUUUCUAUUUUGGAAACUCGCCUACCAGCCCAAGUGUGGGUGAUACUCGAAUUUCCUUCAAGGAAGUUCCGGAACAGGUGAUGAGUGUCGUGGCCAAACAAACCCAAAGUACAGUAUCGACCUACACUGCGUCUUCUGGUGGUUCCUUCUUGUUGGUCGAAAAGGGCACUGUUAGUGCGGAAGACAUGUUUUUGCAUGCCAAUCAAGCUGUCACCGCCUUUACUUGGUUGAUCCGGUUGUUCGGCAUGAUUCUCAUUUGGUGUGCCUUGAAAAUGGUCGUCCAACCUCUUCAGGUAAUGGCCGACUGCAUUCCUUUCAUUGGUGACAUUUUGGGAGCGGCCAAUGAUUGCGUCACUUUUUUCUUGGCGUUUGCUUUGAGUACCAUUGUCAUUGCCAUUUCUUGGUUUGCCUACCGGCCACUCUUGUCGUUGGGACUCCUACUACUGGUGGUGGCUGGUGGAUAUUUUGCAAAGAAACGAGCCAAGCAUAAUCAGCAAGAAAUACCUUAUGAUGCAGCAGCCGUUGAGAUUCCACAGGUUGGUCAAUUUAAGGAUAGAUUCCCAGGUGAUUUUGCUUAG